AUGAAUGGACCACAUUUUCGCUCUAAACUGGAUGCUGUAGCGCGUAACUGUCUCCUUUUCGUCGAUUGCGAAAUACUUAUCGAUUGGCUUUGGCUUAGUGCUGCACUGCGUGAAAGCUAUGUGGAAAAUACAGAGGAAAUUAAUGAGCGUCGAAAACCGUUUUUGCUGUACAUGAAGGAAGAUAAACUGUUGAUCAGGCAUCAGUUAGUUUCGAGACGUAAAAAGGAGCGCUUCUCAUUGUGGCUAGAAAAUCGAUUGCGUGACAUAGAAACUGAGCAACAAGUGCUUGAACCAGCAUGA